AUGGCGUCCCGAAUGCAGGCCGUGAAGUCUGUGACGCGAACGAUGAUACCGCGAAUCAAGCCUAACGUGGAGAUGGGCAUGAACAUGAGCCAGAAGAACGACAAGGCAGCCCUGGCCCUGAUCAACCCCGUCAAGGAAGUUGGGCCAAAGUAUCCGCCAGGAGGCCACGCCUACGCGUGGGGCGUCACUUGGACCGGCCACUCUGACAAGUUUGGCAACCAGGAGGCGCCCUUCGUGGACUGGGAGGAGGUCGGCAAGGCUUUCAAGGUGUGGGAGAACUUUGGGCGCGGUGUGUCCAUGGGCUACUUGCAGGGGACCUUUGCCCUCCUUGGCGAGGUGGCUUCCUCAAAGCUCCCCACAAAAGGUCACUGA